GCUGCAGACAUGAGUCGCUUCAAGUUCGUGGAUAUCGGUAUCAACUUGACAGAUCCCAUGUUCAGAGGAAUUUAUAGAGGAGUUCAGAAGCAUCAAGAUGAUUUACAAGAUGUAAUAGAGAGAGCUGUCCAGAUUGGUGUUAAAAAGUUCAUGAUUACAGGUGGAGAUCUGCAGGACAGUAAAGAGGCACUGCAUUUGGCACAAACAAAUGAUAUGUUUUUCAGUACAGUUGGAUGUCAUCCUACAAGAUGUGAUGAAUUUGAAAAGAAUGACUCUGAUCUUUACUUAACGGAGUUGUUAAAUCUUGCUGAAAACAAUAAGGGGAAAGUUGUAGCAAUCGGGGAGUGUGGACUGGAUUUCGACCGACUACAGUUCUGUCCCAAAGAUACUCAGCUCAAAUACUUUGAAAAGCAGUUUGAACUGGCAGAACAAACAAAAUUACCAAUGUUUCUUCACUGUCGGAACUCACAUGCUGAAUUUUUGGACAUAAUGAAGAGACACAGAGACCGGUGUGUGGGGGGAGUGGUACAUUCCUUUGAUGGUACGAAGGAAGCAGCCGCAGCCUUGGUUGACUUGGAUCUCUAUAUAGGAUUUAAUGGUUGCUCACUGAAAACCGAGGCUAAUUUGGAAGUUCUGAAGUCAAUACCUACUGAAAAAUUAAUGAUUGAAACUGACGCACCUUGGUGUGGAGUGAAAAGUACACAUGCUGGAUCAAAAUACAUAAAAACUUCAUUUCCUACCAAAAAGAAGUGGGAAAAUGGGCACUGCUUAAAAGACAGGAAUGAACCCUGCCAUAUAAUGUAAGUAUUUGGUUUUCACGGGUCUUCAGAAUAUUCAAGUCAACCACCAAAUGCCAUUUACAAAAUGAACUCAAGGGACUGAGGUAAAGUCGGUGACGUCCGAAUGAAGUUAAGAUCAAAAGCCACUGAUUUACUGCAGCGAUGUGGAAGGCUCCGCACUGGAUUGCUCUGCCGAGGCUCCUCUCUCCCCAUCCUCUGCACCUCUCAGUUCAUUACGAGUGGUUUUGCUACAGGAGUGAAAACUUUGUGAUCUUGGUCAUUUGUCAUUUUUUAGGAAAGGGGAAGGAUUCUCCCACAGCUUCCUUAUGGUUAUACAAAUGCACUCUCAGCAGGAGACCUUUUUGUAUAUUUUAAACAAUUUGACAACCUGAAAAAACUUUAUUAACACAUAUAUUGAAGUCUCUCAACAAGGAGGUCAGGUUAUAGAAAGAUUUCCUUUUUCUAACCCAAAAGGGGGGGGCAAGCAGCAAUUCAGCAUCAUGUUUUGAAUUAUAACAUAUAUAGUGCGCGGAGAGGGGCUGUUGCUGAGCUGUAGAGCUUGUAACUUACAGGGUGAGUUCUUGCCAUGGUCACGCACGCAUCAUCCAGUUUCUGUUCGCAUAAGCAGAUCAUUUAAAUCGCUAUUCUAUCAGUCUCUUGUGGUUUACUACUUCAGGCAAUUGAACAGUUACUUUCAGAUUAUAAUAAUUCCUUCCAUAUGCAUUUUUUUAGUAGGUUUUAACCGAAAAGAGUAUUAGGUAAGUCAGCUCUAAAAUUCAGCAGGCAGAGAACUGAAGAUUUAUUCUAUAAAAAUAAUACUGGAAAGAUAGUCCUUUAUAUUAACAUGCCAGUGUUGGCAAAGAUUUUAAAGCUGAAUGUUUUAAAACCCAUAGGCUGAGGAAUUUAUUUAAGUUCUGAUUAGUAAAGAAUCACUUGUACCUUUUAUGAGAUGUAGGUAGUUGCAAAUUCGGUCAGAAGACAGAAGACAAUUAUUACUGAAUCAUACUUUAUAGAGAUUUAAUAGGACACUAGAGACAAGAAACUGGUAUUUUUCUAGUAGCCACUCAGAGGAAGUAUUUGCCAACAGUGUAUCCAAGUCAGUUUUCUCUACUGCCUUAAUGUUAAGGACAAUACAGCUCUUGACUCUAGUGACAUUGGCAAAACAAAAUUCUAAGGGUCUUCCAGUGCACACUGGUGAGAUCCAAGAAAGCUCGAGUCUCAUCUGCAGUCAUGACUACAGCUGAGGCGGUGGGAGCUCGGGAAAGCCAGACUGACUGACCGUUUUUAAAUCUCAUUUCAGAACACGCAUGCCUCUAGUCUAAUGCUAAUUACCAAUUCCUACUUACAAAGUCAUCUUCAUCAAGCCCAUCUAUUAACAAUUUUAUGUUUUAAUUAUUUUUAUAGAGAUCUUUCCUCCCUUUUUAAGUUCCUUAAAAUACAGUGUGGAGGUCCCGCAUGUCAGGAAAGGUCCAGGUUAGUUACUGAGGCUGCCUGGAAGAAUCAGGACAUUCCCUGCCCUGCAUCCAUCCACCAGAUGACUCAGUUCCUUCUGCCAGGGAUCUCUGCCCUCCUGGAGCAAAUGAGCAGAAAGUAUAAUCCAAGAGGCUCGUGGCGUUACAGAAGUAUGAACGUAUGACGAGGACCCUAGGACGGCAGCUGCCUGCCUUAAGGAGAAAUAGCUUAACUAAGGUGACACUUCACCUGGUCAUCGGGUACAAAUGGGCCUUGUGCCAGACUAAGACAGACACCCUGAGCAAAGGCAGACUGGCAGAAGGGCUUGCUGCUCUGGGGGAAACAAUGAGUUUAGUGUGGCGGAAAGUAGGAUGCAUGGGUGAGUGUAAGCGUAGGAAGGCAGGGUGAGGCCAGACUGGUGCGGGCUUCUUGUAUGCCAGCCUUAGUAGUGCACAUUUCAUCAGGACCCAACAAAGGAUUUUAAGCAGGGAAGGGGCAGUUCUUUUUCUUUUUUUUAAGCUGUAACGUAUCAGCAUAGAAAAAGGACUGAAAGGGAGAUGGGUGGCAGGAAUCAUACGGAUUUCACACAGUAUUAUGCAGUCAAAUACUGGAGAUAAUGUCAGCAGUAAGAGAGCAGGAUCCAUUGGAAUUAGCCAAUACACUAUAUAACAACACCAUUAAAUUAUUUUUUCCUGACAUGUAAUUGGUAUGUUCUUUCCAUUUCCCAUCAUGUAUGUAAAAUUUCAUGGUAAAACUUACUGAAAGAUUGAAUAAAGGAAGUCUCUGGAAGUUGUCUGAAGAGGUACUCCAUAUUACUACA